AUCGAUCUUCCACUUCACCUGCUAGUCACCAGCAACAACCACAAUGUCGACUUCACACCACAACACCACCGAUAAGGCACCACAACAAGCUGACGAUCUCGUCAACCAUGCCGCACCAGGCGUCUCAUUCUUCACUCCGCUGCAAAAUCCACCUGCUGGAACAGCAAUUGUCGGCGAGGGGGAAGAUGUGCCCAAGCUGUUCAAGCCACUCAAGCUUCGUGGUCUGACGCUCCAGAACCGCAUCAUGCUUAGUCCGUUGUGCCAAUAUUCCGCUCAGGACGGCCACAUGACACCGUGGCACAUGGCUCAUCUUGGUGGCAUUGUAUCACGCGGCACAGGUCUGGCUUGCGUUGAGGCAACUGGAGUCCAGGCCAGAGGUCGCAUCACGCCAGAAGACGUUGGACUUUGGAAAGACUCUCAGAUCGAACCGAUGAAGAAGGUUGUCGAGUUUAUUCAUUCGCAGAACCAGAAGAUCAUGAUUCAGCUCGCCCAUGCUGGACGCAAAGCCAGCACGGUUGCGCCAUGGUUGAGUGCAGGAGACAUUGCUGGAAAAGACAAGAACGGCUGGCCAGAUGAUGUCAUUGCACCGUCCGCCAUUGCCUGGAACGAGAAGCAUGCCCAGCCAAGAGAGAUGACGCUGGAUGAAAUUGCUGAGUUCAAAAAAGAUUUCAACGACGCCGUCAAGCGUGCGCUCAAGGCUGGCUUCGAUGCCAUUGAGAUCCAUAACGCCCAUGGGUACCUCUUGCACUCAUUCCUCAGCCCUGUGAGCAAUACGAGAACAGACAAGUAUGGAGGCAGCUUCGAGAACAGAACUCGACUUACACUCGAGCUCGUUGAGGAGACCCGCGCCACCAUUCCAGAGGAUAUGCCUCUGUUCUUGCGCAUCUCGGCAACCGACUGGCUUGAGGAGCAAAAAGAUAUCCCAGAGUCAUGGACAGCCGAUGACACUGCUAGACUCGCUCCACUGCUUGCAGAGCGUGGUGUGGACUUGCUUGAUGUCUCAUCUGGUGGUAAUCACCCAAGACAGCACCCACAUGCUAAGCCAGCAUACCAGGCGCCUUUUGCAAUCAAGGCCAAGAAAGCUGUCGGAGACAAGAUGGCUGUCGGCUCUGUUGGAAGCAUCGAUACUGCUGAGCUUGCGAAUGAGCUUCUCGAAAAGGAAGGGCUCGAUCUUGUUAUUGUCGGACGUGCCUUCCAGAAGAAUCCCGGCCUGGUGUUCAAGUGGGCCGAUGAUCUGAAGAUCCAUGUUAACAUGCCCAACCAGAUUCGCUGGGGCUUUGGUGGCAGGGGAAAGAAGGAUGGCAAGCCUACGACCGACAAGCAUUUCAAGAUUUGAUUGAAAGAGCUCUCGGAACGAAUUUGAAGUGAUACUUCUCAUGAAUUAUGACAGUUACGGGAACGGUGUGGAAUGAGACCAGCGGGCAGACACAGAAUACGCGUAGAGCUGCAUUGCGCAAUGUAAGAUACUAGAGUUACGAUGUAGAUGGCGAGAAGCCUCAAAAAGCA